UCCCGUUUCCAUCUCGCUCACUCCAUCGAUCGAUCUGCUUCGUAGCGGUAGGGUUUCGCGGCGUCGACUCCGAUCCCGUCGCCGCGCGGAUGGCUGCUCGGGCCUUCACUUCGCUGCUGCUCGCUCUCCUCCUCCUCCUCCUCCUCGCGGCCUCUGCCUCUGCCGAUGGUGGCCGCCGCGGCCUCCACGCCUACGUUCCGUCCAGGAAGCGCGCGGUCCGCGGCGCGACUGGGGUGGACUGCCGCGCGAUGGCGUCGAGGGCCGAGUGCCUCGGGAAGUCGGAGUGGUGCCGGUGGUGCCGCAGCGACGCCCUCGACGACAUGUGCUUCGUAUCCGCCGAGGCCUGGCGCCUCCCCGGCCAGAUCUUCUCCUGCGAGGCCCCCAGUUCCUGAUGAUCCGCUUCAUCCUUCCAUUUCAAUCUCCACCUACGGUACUCCGAUCGAUCUGCCUUAUCGUUGAGUAUAAAUCGAAUCUUUGUUGUGUAAAAUUUCUUCGUUCAUCAAAAGAUCGCCGCUUGAGUGUUUGUUGA